GUCUCCAAGCCAUGCAGCUAUGGAAAAGGAGAAAACACUGGCCAUGAUAAAACCAGAUGGUUUAUCGCUCAAUUACAUGGACAAGAUCAGGAAAGUGAUUUUGGAAUCUGGAUUUGAUAUCAUCAGGGAGAUGAUGGUUCGGCUUGAUGCAGGAAACGUGACGCAAUUUUAUGCUGAGCAUUAGAAAAGCUUCUUUCCAAACCUUGUUGAGUAUAUGACAAGUGGCCCAGUAUUGAUUAUGGUUCUUGAAAAGCCUAAUGCCAUCUCUGAUUGGCGUGCUUUGAUUGGGCCAACUGAUUCAAGGAAAGCUAAAGUUUCUCAUCCUAACAGCAUCAGAGCCAUGUGUGGGCUGGAUUCUGCAAAGAACUGUGUUCAUGGUUCAGAUUCUCCGCAAUCUGCUGCACGAGAAAUUUCAUUUUUCUUUGGAGACAUUUUACCAGGUUUUGUGAAGCAUGACGAGCUUUAGAAGAUGCCUGCUUUCCUUCAUCCUGUAGGUGUUGUGAAGCAUGAUGGGCUUUAGAAAAUUCUGUCAGGCAUGAAGGUUGGUUUAGCCUACGGAUGGAUGGCAGAUGGGCAGCUAUCUUUCUGAUAAUUAAUAGUGGAGAGUCAGUUGUCUGGCGCCCACACCAUGUGCGGCUAGUUAAGUUGGUCAGCCAUUUUAUACCACUUAUUGCUCAAUGUUGUACAUUUUAAAGUAAUACUUGGAUCCUACAUUUGCCUUGCAAAAGCAUGUAAGAGUAAAUUAUUGUUCACCAAACCAUCACAACCGAAUAAGCAGGAUCUAUCAUGCGCGCAGGCCUAUUUUGUCUCCACUAUUGUGAGGGUGAUUGUGGCAUCGUGUGGCCUGUGGGUGAAGAUCUUAUGAUAGUUAGUACUCUCUCUUCAGCCUAAUAAGAGCAAAGUAAUGAGACUGUAGCAAAAUAAUGAGCAUACCCUUUUCCGUUCAGUUAUAUAGAUAAUAAAAUUAUUUCUAUUGGAUGAGAU